GUCUAAUUUGCUUUCCACCAUGGACCAUUUGGUAUCAAAACGCGGGAAAUCGGUGUCCUAUAGAUUAGGAGAAUGACGCAUGCGCACACACAACCCCUACUUCAUGGCGGCGUCAAGAAAAGACUAGAGGAGGUGGUAAUGGUGAGUGCAGGAGUGUGAUACAAAAUGGCUGCCACUGUUGCUGAAGGGGAAGUUGAGAAUGGAGUUGCUGCAGAAGACCCUGAACCACCAUGUAUAAAAGGAAAGCUGGUAGAAGUCUGUAGUGAAGACAUUUCUGAUCUUAAGUCUAAAAAUGAAAAACUUGCCAAUGGCCCAUUAGAAAAUCCCAUUUCUAAUGGUUUUCACAGUGACGAAGAAGAGAAAUAUGACAAUGACCAUGAUGAAUCUGAAGUUAAAACUGAUGAUAGAUCUGCAAUGAAUGGUUCUGUGUCUGAAGUUCCAAAUGAUGCAAAUGCUGCUACCCCAAGCAUGGAAUCAAAUGAUGUAAAGGAAGCAAAAGAACAGAAGGAGCCGAAUACUUCAAGAGAUAGUACCCCUUUAAGUGACAUUAGUACUCCGACUCCAGAGGUCUCAAGGAGCGGCACACCUGUCCCUACACAAGAGAAGUCGGAGGACAUUAAACCAGAGAAAGUACCUCUUCCAUUGGCUCAGGAGAAAAUCUCCCGAAGCUCUGAAGAGAGAUCCAUGGAUUCCACUGAUAGUGGAACAAGCAAUAAGAGCUCCUCCUCUGCUUUCAAAAAUAAAUCAACCCCUAAAGCAAGAAAAUCAGGUCCCUCAGCUAAAAAUAUUCUCCCAUCAGCACUUGCAAUCAAGUCUUCAAGUUCAUCUGGAGAAAAUGUGAAAUUAAAUUUACCCCAAUUUAAUAAUGCUAUUACUGUAGAUAGUAAAUUUUUAGAGAAAAUUAGUAAAAUUUCUAAUGUAAAACAUGACAUUAAACAUGAUAAGGUUCACACUGUUCUACCAAUUGCUAAAGACGAUGUUGAAAAUGGUGGCAUUAAGCAAACUGUGAAAAAAUCUAGGGCCUCUCUGCCAAUAAAUUCUCAACCGAAGAUCAAAACAGAUGUUGCAGAGAAAAGUGAGGGUAAUCUCUCAGACUCUUCUCUACUUGAAAAGGAUGCGUUUGGGAAGAUCAAGAAAAGAUCAAAGAAAAGAAGGAAAAUGGGAGCUUAUAAACUUCCUAGUGAGAUCAAGAAAAAAUUCGGCAACAAAAAGAAAGAUGGAGAUACCAGUAGUGUGAAAGAUGAAAAAGAAGACGAGGACUCGAAGAGUGUCAGUUGUGAAGAAAAGUUAGGUCAUGUAGGAAGUGCUAAGAGUUUAACCAACAGCAAGCAGUGUAGUCCUGGAAAUGGUGCUAAAAGAUCGGCAUGGGACAUCAUGAAAUCCCCAAAAAUUACUCCGAAAGGAAAAAAUACUCUUGGUAGCACCAGAAAUAAAAGCAUGUCAAAUUCUGUACAAGAAAAAUCCAAAGCACAGACUUCACUUGAUUCAUUCCUGAAUCGCUGUGAUCAGAAUUCUAGUCAAAUAGGACCUCAGAAUAAAGAGGAUCGGUUCACUGGGAUAAAAGACAGAAGAUCUGGAUUAAGGAAAAGGAAAAAGGAAGAUGACCUGGAUGAUGAAGAAGAUGAUAUAGAAACAAAAGAUAAGAAAGAAGCUGAUACCAAUACAGGAAAUAAGAAGAAAAGGAAAGAGGAAACUAUAACAAUAGUGUCAGCAAGUCCUUCAGUAGCGGCCCCUAUUGGCUACCAGUCCCUGCUCACUCCCCAGAAAACUGGUGGCAUUAUUACUUCAGUUCAUAAUACUUCUACUUUACAUUUUAUUUCCACAUCUUCAGCAUCCUCAUCUCCAAAAGCAGCAACAACUGUCGUAUCAUCAUCAUUGUUACCGCAGAACUUCACAAAUGUCGUUUCAAAUAUUAAUGCUCCAACUGCAAUUUCACCAGGCUCUCAGAAUGUAAGACUGCCCACUUUUACGAAGGGGAACUUUGUCGCAACUGGACAUGCUCCGUUGCUCUUGGUUCCUGUUAAUAAUAGUGGGCAGAUGGUGAAUGCUGUUCCAAUACCUACCUCAGGGUCAGCAGGUCAGAAGAUCAUUUUAUCUGUUCCAGACCCAAAGUUAAAUCCAACAAACAAAUUGGGGGGUUCCCCUCCAAGGUACAUUUUGAUGCAAAAUGUUCACAGUGGUUUUGUGCCACAUUCUACCUUGGCACUGGGGACCACUGUAAGGCCCCACUUAAUCACUUCAACUGUUGCUGGACUAGCAGCAGUUCCUAUCUCCAAACCCAUCAACAGUUCUCCAUCCAGUUCCAAUCCCAUUUCUGUGUAUAGUAAUCAGUUGUAUGGCGAAAAACCUUCUGUGAUAAAUAACCUAUCUAAUAAACUUGAUGCGGUGGACAAAAGAGACCUGGAGGUGAUAGAGGAUGACCGGUCUGUCUCGCCUUCACCCAGCAGUCUGAGUUAUCCAGUCACGCCCCCAAAAACCCCAGAAGAGGAUGGCAGCGAGGACUCUAUGUCUGUUUCUUCACUUCGUAAUCAUGGUAAUGCAACAUUUGUCGGGAUUAAAUAUGUCCAUGCCCCUCCUGGUCCUAUUCCACCAGACAAGGAUGUGAUCCCUCUGUGUUGCUGUAAAAUUAAUGGUGCUUGUUUUAAGAAGUUGGGAUCUAGUGUCACAUAUUGUCAGGCACUGGAUUCUGUAGAUGGCAAGGUCAUGGGCUGUUGCAAUAAAGUAACGAAUUCUCAGCUGGUUAGACCAGGUGUAAAGAUUCCAUUUAUGGCUAUUUGUGAGGCUCAUCGUAAACGACUAAAGCUUCAUCAGUGCUGUCCAGGAUGUGGUCAUUUCUGUACACAAGGGAGUUUUGCCCAGUGUAGAAAGGUUCCUGAGGGUAGCAGUGGGAUGAAGUACCCCAUCCACCAGUUCCACAAACAGUGUCAGGUCCUGAGGAAUGGGCGGUACUUCUGUCCUCACUGUGGGGAGGAGUCUGAGCAGUAUGAGGUCUCACUACAGAUGGAUGAACCCCGCAGUAUGACCAACUUUGAGGAAAAAUACAACAAGCCUCAAGUUUCAAGAGCCAAGAUGGGUAUUCAUUCCAAUACCUAUAGAAAUUUUACGAAAGUGGAUAAGGACCCCACAGAAGACGUGGUAACAGCUUCCCACAAGACACAGGACAAGACCAUCUCCAAUGGUGGACUUCCCAUGGGACCAGACAAGACAGCUCUAGAAAAAGUUCUGCAGUCCAUGUCAGAAGAGAGACCUAAAAUGAAAAAGCUUCCCAAAUUUUUAUAUAAUCCAGCCUAUGAGGGAGACUUAGAGAAGUUCAUGAUUAUGAUAGGAGAGGGGUUUGACAUUAAUGAAAAGGUGGAAGACUUUGAAAAUCAGACUCCUCUACAUGCAGCCUGUAUAGCGGGGAGUCUGCCUAUAGUUCAUAUUCUGAUACAGAUGGGAGCAUUUAUUCAUGCCACUGACAAAGAAUUGAAGACCCCUCUGAUGUAUGCAGCUGAAUAUAACCACCUAGCCAUUGUCAAGUACCUGUUAAAAUGUAAAGCCAAUGUUAAACAAAAGGCUGAAGAUGGCAUGACAGUUUUACAUUAUGCUGCUAAAGCAGGUCAUGUUGACGUUUUGAAAGUUCUGUUAGAAUCUGAUGAGGCUGAUAUCAACAUGCAGGAUGAUGGAGGGUGGACUCCUAUAAUCUGGGCAUCAGAGCACAGGAUAGUUCCAGCAGUUAAAUAUCUGAUCAAGAAUGGAGCAGAUCCAAACAUGAAAGACAAGGAAGAGAAUACAAGUCUGCACUGGGCUGCCUACUCAGGUAGUGUAGAUAUUGCAGAAAUGUUCUUGAAUGCAGGCUGUGAUCUGGAAACACCAAAUGAACAUGGAGACAGACCCCUACACAUAGCAGCAAGACAGGAUCAUUAUGAAUGUGUAGUGUUAUUUUUGGCACGUGGUGCAGAUGUUGAUGCCAAAAAUAAGGAAAAUGAUUCUCCAAUCGAGUGUUGUAUCAAUGAGAAUAGUCAGUCAGCAUUGGCACUGAGAGUAAACAAGCAACUGAAAGGGUUUGCGGCCGCUCGACUGGGACGUACAGAAAAACUGAUAGACAGAGAUGUGUCUAGAGGUCGGGAGAACAUUCCUAUUGCUGUCAUUAAUGGUGUGGAUGAUGACCCUGUGCCUACAGACUUUCAAUACAUCACAGAAAAUGUGGAGACCACAAAUCUCAACAUUAAUGGUACCAUCAACAGCUUGCAGAGCUGUAGAUGUAGUGAUGAUUGUUCCUCCAUGUACUGUGUGUGUGGAAGAAACAGUGUCAAGUGCUGGUAUGACAAGAAUUACCACCUGCUGCCUGAUUUUAAUAUGGCUGAGCCUCCUUUGAUCUUUGAAUGCAACAAAGGCUGUCGAUGCUGGAGCACCUGUAACAACAGGGUGGUGCAAAAUGGCAUAACAUGUCGCCUACAGCUAGUGAAGACAGAUGGCCGAGGCUGGGGAGUGAAGACUUUACUAGACAUUCCUAAAGGCAUCUUCAUCUGCGAGUAUAUUGGGGAGCUGAUAUCAGACUCCGAGGCAGAUGGAAGAGAGGAUGAUUCAUAUCUUUUUGAUCUCGAUAAUAGGGAUGGCGAUACAUACUGUAUAGAUGCCAGGAGGUACGGAAAUAUUAGUCGUUUUAUCAACCACCUGUGUGAACCUAACAUCAUUCCAGUUAAAGUGUUCGUGGACCACCAAGAUUUACGAUUCCCUCGCAUCUGUUUUUUCUCCUCCAGGGAGAUCAAGGCAGAGGAAGAGUUGGGAUUUGAUUAUGGAGAGAAAUUCUGGAUUAUUAAGUGGAAGCAAUUUACAUGUGCGUGUAAUUCACCUAAAUGCAAAUACUCCAAAGACACGAUUCAGAAAACACUUCAAGAGUAUCGUCAGAGGCACGAGGACGAGGAGCCGAUAGACUAAGCACCUCCGACCUGCCCCAGGGGAACGCAUCUAAAGCCACUCAUAGUGUCUCAUCAAAUUACCAACUCAUUACCCAGAAUCAGAGAGUCUGAGGCCGUAUAUAUUUUAGCUUGAUAAUGUUAGACUGCAUGUUUGUUUGGAUGUGAAAGCUUGUAAAUCUGCAAAGCAGUUACAAUUUAAAAGUACUAUGUACUUUAUAAAAGUAUUAAAUAGGAAUUAAUUUAUUUACGGUAUUCACAAUAGGAUUGGGAUAAGAUGUAUCUUUGUUGUGAAUGAAUGACCUUUUAAAAAAAAGUUAAGUUAACAUCAUAGUAUUUGAUUAUAAAACAUCUUUAUAAGUGAAAAUGGUAUUCACUUAUCCAUAUUUGAUAUGUAAGGUCAUGGGAAUUAAAAAAAUUAGUAUCAAGUUAUAGCACCAGGCCCAUGGAUUAUGAAAUUGAUCUUACACCUAAAAAUUGUGCACAGGAUUAAAGUUUUAUGAUGACAGAUAAUUAAAAGAUGAAAAUUUACCGAAGAUUUUUCCACAGAGAUGUUUUUAAUUACAGAUCAAACUUAAAUGAGAAAUUCAUGAAUAAUUCAACCUUUUAACUUCAGUCCUAGAUCUUUUAUGAUCAUGGAACCCAGUCCAAGAGUGUUAUUGAAUUGGUGUGUACAUGAUUUCUUGAAGUAUCUGGUGUGAUAUUUUGUAAAUAUGUGUAUGUGGUAUGAAAAAUAAAAUGACUUAUUUUUUUUAAUCAUUCUGUAAACUGCAUGCAUUGAAAUGGUUGAACCAUGUUUCUGCAGUAUGGAACAAUGUGUCAUGGUAUUUUUAUAGGAAAAUGUAUGUGGAAAGAAUUAUUGGCAAGGGGAUAAGUUAUGUAGAUGUCAUAAAAUAACGCUAUUUUUGUAAAGGUAAUUUUAACAAAGUAUUUGUUUGCGAUAUAAAAGAAAAAGGGGAUGGGGGGAGUUGAAAUGUUUAAAACUUUUGAGCAGCACUUGUGGGAAUUAAUUGCAUUAUAUACUGAUUGAUCAGGUACAUCAAUAUGAGAAAUAUACAUGUACCUUUGUAAAUAUUUGUGGUUUGGAAUAUUUAUUUGAAUACAAAUAUAUUUGUUUUAUAAUGAAUUUAAAACAUUACUUAUGGAUACUUAAAUUUUUAAAUUUUUAUUGUAUAUAAAUUAUUUUUUGUAUUCUUAACUGAAGCAGUAAUUAAUCUGAGGGAAAGCAGUUUACACAAGAAAAUGAGUUUUAUAUACAUGGACUGUCACUAACUGUGCUAUGUUCUUACUUUUAGGAUAAAUCAAUAUUUAAAGUGUCAUAUAAAUUGUAAGUGUUCAGUGCUAGAAUUCAUGUCAAAUGGUAAACUUGAAAAGCAGAUUGUAUUGCAAGAACUGUGUGACAAAUGAGAGAUUUUAUUCACAAUUUGUAAAUAAAGUAGUCAAUUAUA